CUGAUUCAACUUUCUCCAGCAUGGGUCACCAUUUGAAUGAACUGCGUGACUAGAUGCUUCCCUUCUCACUGGUCUCUGGUGAAGACGAGUGGAACCAGGCCAUGGAGAACCAUGGUCCACUAUGCCUUCUAGCCAUGGUCUCUGUUUCCCCUUUCCCCCACAGGGCUAAACAGCAAGCCCAGCCCUGCACCCUAGAAGCUCUUCUCUAUGGCGGAAGUCAGAUCUGCCGGGGCUGGGACGAGAUAGAGUGCGAACCUGGAUCUGUGUGUGUGCGCCAUGCAGGCUAUUGUGGGGAAGUGAGAAGAGGGCCUGAACUUCACUGUCCUUAGUGUCUGUCCUCCCGUCUCUCCCUUUGUCCUUCUGUUUCUGUCUUUUAGACAGACUCACUAGCCUCAAACUCAUGGCAGUCUCAGUGAGGGACUCUAGGGUUAAGCUGUCACCCCUACCUUGUUCCUGUCCUUUUGUUGCAUGGACUGUUCUCAGCAGUGGUGCCCUUGACUUUGGAGGACACUGUUUGCACCUGUCUUUCAGGCCCCCCUCCUCCAAUGUGCUCUCAUAGCCCCAACUCAACCUGACAUGCUUGCCAUGUGAUUCUGAGAAGCACACCCCUGGGCUCUGAGCAGCAGUGGCAAGGGCAGCCUGUCAGUCUGGGGGCUCUGGAACCUGUGACCCUCUGCUCAGGCUCAAGCAUCCUGGGUGCUGCUUACACUGUAGCAGGCUUCAGUGCCAUGCAACCUAGGGUCCCCAGCCUCACAGUUCCCGACUAGCAGGUCACCUGUGUAUGUACUACAGUGGGAUCUUGAAGGUGGAGGUGGUGUGGCAGAGGAGAGCAAGGCCUUCCAGCAGGCGGUGAAACUCAAAACUGCAGGGCUUGUGUUAUUCUGGAGAUGGGUGGAGACUAACCGCCAAGCCACACCCCUCACCCUGAGGUCAGUUUCCUGACAGCAGCUGGGGCAGGGAGGGCUGUGUGUCGAAAGCAGCUGUGCAGGGUCUUGGUGGAGACAACACUGAAGUGCUGUGCUGUGUGGACAUACGGAGUGGAUGGCAUGAGGCCCAGGGAAAAGUUCGGUAGGGCACCAUACCCUUGGUGUUCUGUGCAGAGACGAGAGAGUGGGUGACAUCAGCCAUGACAUGGGCGACGCUCAGUCAAGGCAAUGGGGCAGGGGAUGAAUAACUGCAGCAGACCAUGGGGACUGUGUGGGUAGAGGAAUAGGGCGGUACCCAGGAGUCCAGUGAUGGAUGAGGCUUUGGAGUUGGCUAGCAUGGCAUUCCAGGUCCCUAGAACUGAGGAAGGGAGGUUUCCUGGCAGGGACAUAAUACUAAAGCAGUGGUAUGGAACAAGAGUCUUCUCUGGGCCUGGCAGUAGUGGUGCACACCUUUGAUCCCAGCUCUUGGGAGGCAGAGCUCAAGGCCAGCCUGGUCUACAACGUGAGUCCCAGGACAACCAAGGCUACACAGAGAAACCCUGCCUCCAAAGUCUUCAAGACGUGAAGGAAGGCAGUGCUGGUGCUGAUGCUGAGCUCUGGAACUAAUGUCCUUUGUGAGGUGGCCCUGAGAACUGGCCCCAGGUUCUGUCCUGCUGGGGGAGGGGCAGGCAGAAGCCACAGCAGGGACUGUAUAGGAGAUGGUUCUCGCCAUGCUGGGGGCUCUGUAUCCCAGGGCUGGGCUCAGCCUCUUCCUUUUUUACCUCAUCCUGGCAGGCGCCCUCCUUCGACCGCAGCCCCAGAGGUCUCUGCGAUCUGUUCCUGAGGAAUUCUCAGCCCCGCUGGAACUCGCACAGCCGCUCUCAGGCCUAGUGGAUGACUAUGGGGUCAGACCCAAGCACCCGUGGCCACGAGGGCCCCGACCCCUUCUCUCUCGGGCCCAGCAGCGCAAGCGGGACGGGCCCAACAUGGCUGACUAUUACUAUGAUGUGAAUCUGUGAUGGGAACCCCGCAUAAAGCUAUUCUGGGCAGCAAAUGCUUGGCUUGCUAGCCUGUGUGUAACAAGAAGGCCCAGCAGGGGUCCGAGUGAAUACACCCACUGUGGUCCAGACAGGAAAUGGCACUUUAAUAGUAGUAGCCAGGUGACAAGACAGUGAUGGGGUUGGCUGGGACCAGCUGAGAGGCCUCCUUUCCCUGCCAGGCAGGCCUUGCUGUAGCCCUCUCCUUGCUAGCACACACAAGCCUGCCAGGGCCAGCAUGCUGGCCAGGCUGGAGGUCGGAGCUGCCUGGAGGCCCCACGGACAACGUCGGCUGAGAACAAGGUCUUCACUGUCGUGUAUUGCCAUUUCCUCACUGGAAAGUCCUUGGGAGGUGGUCGGGCUCAGCCUGAGCUCGGGGCUCUAGGUGAGGUGGGGACAGGAAGGUGGGCACUUCCAGGUGGAAUGGGCUUUGUCAAGGCAGGAGCCAAGAGCCAGAGAAGCCAGGGUCCCCGGCAUGAAACAAGGCCCAGGAUAGGGAGGGCAGUGCCUCUGUUCCUAGGGGAUCCCUUUGUGGUCAGAGGCCUGACCCCCCCAGCCCCACCUUUCCCCAGUCCCCAGAGAGCCUGUACCGUCCUCCAUAGAUGAAUCUAAACCCAUAUAUUACAA